AUGGCAGACCCCAAGAGGAUGAGAAGUGAACCGGAGGGCACUCCCUUCCGGUCGCUGGUUGCCAUGUCCCCGGUUGCCUCUUGGCAGCUACAGGGGAAGGCCCUCCAGAGGGGGGAGGGUACCACCCUAGGUGGAGAAUCCCUCCGUGCUUCCACCUUGGUGGGAGCACGCAGCCCCGCGUAUUCUGGGGGGGGCAAAGCUUGCCAGGACGAAGGGGGCUGUGUGACGGGCAGCGGAAAACCCGUCGAACAGAGAUACGCCAGCGCUGACUUGACGCCUUCUGGGCUCGUCAGUGACAGCGAGGCGGCUGGCUCGAAAGAGACAACCGCCAAAAAGAUAAGGCGGAAAAGGAAAUCCCAGCGAGUUUCCUCACGCGAGGGGGGAGGGGAGCCAGCGUCAUCCUCUGGCGCAGAUGCCCCGCCGGAGAAGGUACUGGUAGUCUCCGAUGCGGCCUCUGCUGCGGAGGACAUGCCGCCACCUAAAGAAAGACCCGCCCGGAGGAGGGGCGCGCCGUCACCGGCGCAGUCAUCGGCGUCGAUGUCUGUCGCCUCACUGGACGGGCGAACGACAGAGGAGGAAGAUGGCGGCCUUCAAGACCCUGCCUUGGUCAUAGACAGGGCCAUGAGGACCGUCAAGUCAUAUGCGGCCAACGGCACUAAGACCAAAGCCGCUGGCCGUAAGCUGCGAGAGGUGGUCUCGCAGGUCUCGAAGGUUCUGCCUUCGGUUGCUUCCGCCAAUGACCAGGUGGUACAGCUGAUGGCGGAGAAUUCGAGGCUUCGAGCACUACUUCAAGCCCAACAGCAGCCUGGUGAUGAGGCUGCUGCUUCGAGGAGGGCAGCGGCAUCGACGCCGUCGCCCGCACUGCCCCGGGCCACUGAGUUGCGGACUCCUCCGGCUCCUGUACCGGCAGCGACGUCAUGUAUCACCGGGGCCCCUCGGAGUCACCGUUCUCCGGCGCUGACUGGCGAUGGGUGGCCUGUGCUGCCGCCACCGCGCGCGGCUGAGCAGCGUCCACGUCUCCCGUCACCGCGCACUAGAGAGAUGACCGUUACCAAGCGGCAGCAGGCACUCGUGGGGCCACGGGAGCUAGCUGGAAAGUUCAGCCUUGACGAGGUCAUCAGUCGCACUGUCCAGGUUGUACUAGAAAGGCUGGACGGCAGGCUGGCGGCCCUCGAGGCGCAGCUCAUUGCUCCGGCUGACGCUUGGCGACCGGCAUAUGCCGCGGUGUCGGAUACUCCAGCCGCUCGCCCCGCCCCCGUACGGGCUCCAGCUACUAAGUUGGGCCCGGGACGGGAUAGAACCAAACGGGGGGGCGGUGCCAACGCGAAACGACCAUCGCAAGCACCCCAGCCCCGUCCGCUGUCUCCGCCUCCGUCUAACAUGGACGAGGGGUGGAACGUGGUGGCCCGGCGGGGUAACAAGAAGGUCCCAUUGACAGCUCCACAAGUGGGUGGAGCGCCGGCGGCCACGGCGGCUCAGGCUGCUCCCCAACAGGGUCGAGCGCCUGUAGCCGCCAAAAAUAAAAAUAAAAAUAAAAACAAAAAAACAAAGAAGCCACCACGCGCGCCGCGAUCGGCGGCAGUGGUCCUAACGCUGCUGCCGGCUGCCAAAGCAAAGGGCAUGACAUACGGAGAUGUUAUUGCUCGGGCGCGCGCGGCAGUUGACCUGGAUGAGAUCGGGGCGGGGGAGGGCCUCCGCUGUAGGCAGACAGCCAAUGGGGCCAAGCUGCUAGAAUGUCCCGUUGCCGACAGUCCCGGCAUCGCGGAGCGUCUGGCGGCAAGGCUCCGUAUGGUUCUGCCUGAAGAGGAGGUGCGGGUGCAUAGGCCGGUCAAGAUGGCUGAAUUGAGAGUGACCGGCCUGGACGACUGCACCACCAGGGAUGAGGUGGCGGCGGCCGUCGCUGCCCAGGGCAACUGUGCCCCGCAGAAUAUAACCGUAGGCGAGCUGCGCUCUGGUUAUACCGGGGCCGGCUCCGUGUGGGUACGUUGCCCGGUGGAGGCGGCCGUCGCCCUGGCUGCUCCUCCGCCUGGGAGACCGUCGGGGGAUCCGGGCAGGUUGCGCGUGGGCUGGAUAGCAGCCCACGUGCGCCUGCUAGAACCGCGUGCCUGGCGGUGCCUAAGGUGCUUCAGCACUGGGCACUGCCUCGCCAGGUGCGUGAGUGCGGUUGACCGCAGUGGACUGUGUUUCCGCUGUGGUCAGCCUGGACACAAGGCGGCCGUGUGCUUGGCUGCGCCGCAUUGUUCACUAUGCGCGGCGGCCGGACGCAAGGCUGAUCACCGGACCGGGGGCAAGGCAUGCCCCCCGGCCGGCAAAAAUGCAAUUCGAAAUUGGCGCCGCCAAGCUAAGCGGCGCCAAAAGAAGCGGUCGGCCGGGGGAGCACCGGCUGACACUUUGGCCCCCGCUGAGGCGUUCGAGCCCGAUAGCGGGGACAAUAGAGUAGGGGAGGGGGCGAUGGAUGUGGUCCAGCCUUAA